AUGUUUCAAGGACAGCGGGGUUGGUUCUGCCGCAGCGUCAGCCAGGACCUGAGGCAAUUCUGGGUGGCCGAAGGGGGGACGAUCAGUGACGUGAGGGCUGCUGACUUCUUGUUCAGCUGUGAUGCUUCCCACCCAGACACGCUGAGAAUAUAUCAGAGCCUCGAUUACACAGAUGAUAAUGCUACAGUUUUUCAUGCCUACUAUCUCUCUGCAGUAGCUAAUGCUGAAGCUAAAAAUUCGGUGGCUUUAGGUCAUUUCCUGCUUCCUCCUGCAUGCCUACAAGAAGAAAUAAGAAGAAAAAUUGGUAGCUUUAUUUGGGAACAAGACCAACAUUUUCUGACAGAAAAGCAUGAUGAAGUAACAACAAAUGAAAUAAAUGCCCAUAAGGAAAGCAGUGAACUAGCCACAGUUCACAAAAGGGAAUUAUCCAAAAGCACAAGAAAGGAUUUUAUAAGGACUCCAAUUGUAGAAAAGCAGAUGUACUUCCCUCUUCAGAAUUAUCCAGUGAACAACAUGGUAACAGACUAUAUAUCUAUUGAUGCCAUGAAGAAAUUCCUUGGGGAGCUACAUGACUUUAUUCCUGGAAGUUCAGGAUAUUUGGCAUACCAUGUUCAAAAUGAAAUUAAUUUGUCUUCUAUAAAAAAUAAGUUGAAGAGGAAAUGUUAA